AUGAGUGCAGAAGAUUUUGAUUUUUGCGAUGCUGUUAUUUACAAUCAGAGUGAGAAAAUAGCGGAAAGAUCUAACAGUCGGCACAUCAAAAAGUAUAAGAAACUUGAGGCGAAGGUAAGCAACACAAAAAUUCUAUGCAAUGGGGACACAGUGAAAAAUCUAUCCAGUAAAGAGCUCGAUGAAAGUUCGAUUUCUGUACUUGCUAAAGGUAUGAAUUUUGCACCUACACCAUUAAAUAUCCCUACUGAAUCUAUAAUAGGAAGUGUAGAAGAAUGUUUACGGAGAAAUAAAAUAGAUAGACUAACAUCUGAAACCAUUAGGCAGGAUGUUUCCGUUUUAAUUCGAAAAGCAAAACCUAUUAAAUCGAACAUAACAAAGAAAGAAAUGAAUUCUCUUAAAAAACUCAGUGCAGAUAAGGAUAUAAUUAUUCUUCCAGCUGAUAAGGGUAAUUGUACUGUGGUCUUGGACACAGAUGAUUAUCACUCCAAAAUAACUAACCUUCUUAAUGAUAGCUCAACGUACAAACAAGUGAGUUAUGAUCCAACUGCUAGAGUUUUAAGAAAAGUUAGACAAAAAUUGGCGGAGUAUGGGGUUGCAAUGGGUUCGCCAGUUGCUCCAAUAAUUGCAGACAUCUGGAUGCAAUAUUUCGAAAUGAAGGCCCUAGAAACGUCUCCAAUAAAACCGGUUAUUUGGAAGAGAUAUGUUGACGAUACAUUUUGUAUCCUCAACAAAAAUGAUGUAGAUACAUUUCUUAACCACUUAAACUCUGUACACUCAAAAAUACAAUUCACCAUGGAAAUUGAAGAAAACAACACUUUAGCGUUCUUAGAUGUUAAAGUUAUUAAAAAUCAAGAUGGAACAUUAGGACACACUGUGUACAGAAAGAACACUCAUACUGAUAGGUAUCUGCAUGCUGCAUCUCAUCAUCAUCCAGCCAACUUCAAUUCUGUUGUUUCUGCUCUUAUUAACAGGGCACAUGCUAUUUGUGACCAAAACCAUCUCCAAGAUGAGUUAGAAAGGGUAGAUGCAGCUUUAAUUAAAAAUGGUUACAGUUUAAAGCAACGCUCUUGGAAACCAAAAACAAAACCCACUCAAGAUAUCCAAAACGAAAAUGAAAAACGGGCCUUUCUCCCAUAUAGAAAAGGUGUAUCUGAAGGAAUUGGAAGGAUCUUGUCUAAUUAUGGGAUAAAGUCGAUUUUCAAACCACCAGCGAAAAUACGACAAAUCUUAAGGUCACCAAAAGAUAAAAUACCCCUACAAAACCCAGGAGUAUACUCUGUUCCUUGUAGCUGCGGCUCGGAAUAUAUUGGAGAGACCAAACGUUCCAUAUCCACACGCUUAAAUGAACAUAUAAAAGCAAUUCAGAAGAAUGAAGUAACAAAAUCUGCCAUUUGUGAACAUUUAGCGUACAAUACUGAUCACUUCAUAAGAUUUGAUCAAGCAAAAUCCAUUUCAACGGAAAGGUUUUAUGUGCCUAGAUUGAAAAGCAAAAAUCAAAACAAUGUACCAUCUGAUGUGAUUAGCUUUGCUUGCACAGAAGCUUACUCACAACAACAACAAUUAAUGCAGUCCCAACAAGAACCAUCAUCGGAACUGCAAGCACCAACAACAUCAACACAAAAUACCAACCGGUACAAUCUCCGUGCAAGAAAAGAAAAUAAAAAAGCUUAA